AUGGACCCGUACAGCCCUGAGGACGAGGGUGCCCUUCCAUCAGAAAUGCACCUUCCUUCCUUCUCAGACAGCCAGGGGCUCAACUGCAACGACACUGUCAGCCGGGACCUGGGGCCCAGCACUCGAGACCUGCUCUAUGCUGGCCUCAGCGGUUUAGACCUGGACCCCAGUCUCCCAGCAUCAGACAUGCCCAGUGAGGUGCUGGAGGACAACUUGGAUACUUUGUCCCUGUACUCAGGGAAGGACGGUGACUCUGUGAAGCUGUUGGAGGAAUAUGCAGACUCCGAAUCUCAGACUUCCUUGCAAGACCUGGGGCUAGGCGCCCUGAAGGUGCCUAAAGAGGCCGAUGAAGGCGGCAGGGCCACCUCAGGGAGCGCACGGAAAGGCAAGCGGCAGCACAGCUCCCCCCAGAACCCACUCCUGGACUGCAGCCUUUGUGGAAAGGUGUUCAGCAGUGCCAGCUCCCUCAGCAAGCACUACCUGACGCACAGCCAGGAGAGGAAGCACGUCUGCAAAGUCUGCAGCAAGGCCUUCAAGCGGCAGGACCACCUAACCGGGCACAUGCUCACGCACCAGAAGACCAAGCCUUUCGUGUGCAUCGAGCAGGGCUGCAGCAAGAGCUACUGCGAUUACCGCUCCCUGCGCCGACACUACGAGGUGCAGCACGGCCUGUGCAUCCUGCGGGAGGCCCCACCCGAAGAGGAAGCCUUCGGGGACCCCCCGCAUCCGGACCUGCCGCCCCCCAGCGCCCUGCGGCCCCCAGGGCCCCCUGAAGCCAGGUCCCCCAGCUCGGUGUUGCCCAACCGCGACCUGCUGCGCUGCAUUGUGAGCAGCAUCGUGCACCAGAAGAUCCCGUCCCCCGGGCCGGCCCUGGCGGGGCCUUCCGAGGGCGACGGGCGGGGCGCCGGGUCCUCCUCCUGCACCCCGGCGGCGGCCCCGGGAGCUCCAGGGGGCGCCGAGGGGCCUGAGGAUCCCCAGCCCCCGAGGACGGAGGCGGCCGCGGAGGAUGCGCGCGCAGCUGCGCCGUCCAGGGCGGCGGAGAACGGUGCCCUCGACGCCCCGGAGCUGGAGCCGCCGCCGCAGCCCCCGGCCCGGGAGAGCUGGGCCGAGGGCGGCGCCCUGCCCGCCCGACUGCCACUCUUCCGAGGCGCCGCCGCGGGCGCCCCGACGCCAGGCCACAGCUUCCCGUGGCUGCGGAGCCUGCCGGGUUGCCCCAAGGGCAAGGGCGGCGGGGUCCUGGUGCUGCACAAGGCCCCGGAGCCCCGCGCCGAGCCCGGCCCCGCCGAGCCCGCGCCCGGCGGCGCCGCCGAAGACCCGCCGGCCCCCAAGGCGCCCGGCGAGGCGUGCGCAGCGGACGAGGACAACAACGGCUGGCCUUCCCGGAGGAGCAAGCCCGAGGACGGCGAGCCCCUGUCCUGGCCGAGCCCCGGGGAGCCGGACGGGCCCGGCGCGGCCGAGGCGGCCCCGCUCUUCCGGCAGCUGCUGCUGAAGUCGCAGGAGGCGCUGGCGGGCCACGAGCAGGUGCAGAUGCUGCAGGUGCUGUCGGCGUCCCAGCGCCUCUUCGCCCCGCGCCCCGCCGACGCCCGGCAGGCGGCCCUCAAGUCGCUGCAGGGAGCCUGGCCGCAGCAGCCGCCCCCGCCGGCCCCCGCCGCCGCGGACGCCCUCCAGGGGGGCCCCGGACACCCCGAGCCCGAGGGCUCUCCGGCCCGCAGGAGGAAGACGGCGCCCGCCGCGCCCAGGGAGACCUCGCCCAGUGGCACCCGGCGGGACGCCAAGGGCGGCCUCAAGGUGGCCUCCGCCCCGCCGUCGCUCCCAGCGCCCCUGGAGGCGUCCCGGAACCCCGACAUCUCUUCUCUGGCCAAGCACUUGCGCUCUUCCAAAGGGACCUUGGACCUGGGGGACAUCUUCCCCGCCGCGGGCGCGCGGCAGCCCCAGCACGGGGCAGAGGAGCCGCCCGGAGCCCCGCUGCCCGGGAAGCAGGCCCAAGCCGACGGCUGCGCGGUCGCCGGGGCCACGAGGCCCGACAAGGGCCCAGCCUGCCCCCGAGGGGCCAGCUACCGGCUGUUCUCGGGGAACCCCAGAGCCCAGCGCUUCUCCGGCUUCCGGAAGGACAAGGUGAAGAUGGACGUGUGCUGCGCUGCGUCUCCCAGCCAGGUGGCCAUGGCCUCCUUCUCGUCCAGUGGGCCUCCCGCCGAUCCUGGCCGCGAUGUGAAGUCCAAGCUGACCAUAUUCAACAGAAUCCAGGGUGGAAACAUCUACAGGCUCCCUCAUCCAAUGAAGGAGGAGAACGUGGCAGGUGGAUGCCACCAGCCCAAUGGGGGUCCCACUGAUUGGACAGAACCAAGGAGCACUUUUGUCUGCAAAAACUGCAGCCAGAUGUUCUACACCGAGAAGGGGCUGAGCAGCCACAUGUGCUUCCACAGUGACCAGUGGCCAUCACCCCGGGGGAAGCAGGAACAGCAGGGAUUUGGCACCGAGUUUUGCAAACCAUCAAGACAGGUGCUAAGGCCGGACGGGGAUGGACAGAGUCCCCCAGGAGGCAGGAAGUCCUUGGACAGCAUGGCCACCGCCCCUCUUGUGAUCCCCUUGUCAGUCCCUGUGACUCCAGCACCUCGCCGCCUGGGAGGUGCAGCCAAGGGACAAGAAAAAGAUGGGGAAGAGAGAGACAGCAAGGACAGCCGGCAGCAGAGGAAGCGGAAGAAGCGCCCACAGCCCCAGGCGCUGCUCCUGCCUGCCCCACCCUCUGCACUGGGCGAGCCAGCGCCAGGGGGAGGCUGCCACCAGAGCUGCCUGCCCUCCCCUGUGCUCCUGGUAGACCACCUCCUGAAGGGCCUGUUCCAGUGCUCCCCCUACACCCCACCACCCAUGCUUAGCCCCAUCCGGGAGGGCUCUGGGCUCUACUUCAACACGCUCUGCCCUGUACCCCAGGCGGGGCCCUACCAGCUCUUCAGCUCUGUGCUUGGACCACCCACUUUGAGGACCCUGGUAGUAGGAGAGGCUGUUGCCCUAGAGACUCUCUUACUCCGAGGACCCCAGAAGUCACGUGCCCACCCGCUGGCUGACUAUCGAUACACAGGCUCAGACAUCUGGACCCCUAUGGAGAAGAGGCUCUUUAAGAAGGCAUUCUGCGCCCACAAGAAGGACUUCCACCUGAUCCACAAGACGAUCCAGACAAAGACUGUAGCACAGUGUGUUGAGUAUUAUUACAUCUGGAAAAAAGUGAUCAAGUUUGACUGCGGCCGAGCCCCUGGACUAGAAAAGAGGGUCAGGAGAGAAUUGGAUGAGGUAGAAAGGACAGAAGAAAAGGUCACUUGCAGCCCUCGGGAACGAUCUAGCCACCGUCCAACUCCAGAGUUGAAGAUAAAGACCAAGACCUAUAGGAGAGAGUCCAUCCUCAGUCCCAGCCCAAGCACAGGCCCAAAGCGGACCCCUGAGCCGCCAGGAAGUGUGGAGGGCCAGGAUGUCUUUCCAUGCAGAGAGUGUGAGAGGGUGUUCGACAAGAUCAAGAGUCGGAAUGCCCACAUGAAGCGGCAUCGCCUUCAGGAACACGUGGAGCCUGUGGUCAGAGUCAAGUGGCCUGUCAAGCCCUUUCCACUAAAGGAGGAAGAGGAGGAGGAAGAGGAGGAGCUGGCAGCUGACAUUGGCCCUCUGCAGUGGUGACUCCCUGCUGGCAGCUACUCUGGGGGGCUCCAACUCCAGCCCUGUCCUGCCUCCCUGGGUCUUUGCAGAGUGUUUGCCCCCCCUCCCUCACCACUCCCAUUUAUCCUAUUCCUCUUGGCCAGUUUCUCUGGCCCAUUUGGCUGUGCACAGGCAGAGAUGUUACCAGACAGCUCUGAAGUUCCUGUGCUAGGACCAGAGGCUUAAUCCUCUGCAGGUUAAUAGUCAUCCACUCCUUUCAAUUCUAUAUUGCCUGGAGCUGGGAGGCUUGAUGGGGGGAGGGGGCAGAGGCUCUUCAGUCUUAGCUGCCGGUGUGAGUUUGUUCUGUUGGAUGAGGUGGUGAUGUGUGAUGUGGAGAAUCAGCGGGUGCAAACUGAAAUCACCAGCAGGUUGGCUCCUCCCCACAGCAGGGGCUCUGUGCUCUGGGUCCAUCCAUUGUCUUACAGUGACUUGUACAUUGUUAGGUGUGUUUUGUACGUGUCUACUUGUAAAUCAUAUUAAAUUGAGUUCUUGAGCAGCUGU